AUAUUAAUGCGAGAUAUCGAGAAGUGAGACGUAUCGAGGUUAUAUAUCAAAUUGAUUUUAACAAUAAUUAAGAUAAUCAAUUGUAUCAAUAAUACAGAUAUAUAAAGAUCAUGCACGAUUUCUCGUGUCUUGUUGAAGAAGUUAAAAUCGAAACGUUUUUUAGCAUAAACGAAAAGGAUAGGAAAAGAUGGAAUAUACACGAGAACCGUGUCCUUGGAGAGUAAUCGACGAUUGUGGGGGUGCAUUUGCAAUGGGCUUGAUAGGAGGCUCACUUUUUCAAAGCUUUAUCGGUUUCCGUAACGCUCCGUCAGGCUUUCGAAGACGACUUUAUGGUGGUUUGAGUGCAAUAAAGACACGAGGACCUCAAGUGGCCGGUAACUUCGCAGUAUGGGGUGGCCUAUUCUCAGCGUUCGAGUGUACCCUGAUUGGUUGUCGUUCGAAGGAAGAUCCAUGGAACUCGAUAAUGAGUGGCGCAUUGACUGGCGGCGUUUUAGCUGCCAGAACUGGGAUACCAUCGAUGUUGGGUAGCGCAACAUUCGGUGGCUUUUUAUUGGCACUGAUAGAGGGUGUCGGUAUCAUGGUGACCCGUCUUCAAGCGGAUUUCUUCGCACAACAUAAUACCGUAUACGAAUUGGAACAAGUACCGAGCGGCAAGAGAUUCGUUUACACGGGAAAUGUAUCCAACGUUGAAAGACAAUCGAAUAAUGUACCGACCAGUUUAGAACUCGAACGAAUCGCCAAAGUUUGAAGGCGAAACCAGAUUGAAGAUCUUUGAUUUGUGGUGUUAUGUUGAUCCGCAAGUGUCAUCGUGUUUUAUUUUACUUUGUUAUUUUUGUUCGUUACACUUCCAUUUUCUACUUC